GCCUCGCUGGAGCUGGACUCCAUCUUCUCCCGCAACGUGCGCCUCUACAAGCGCCUCGCUCUCCCGCCCGUAGACGCCCUCCCCGCCCUGCGCUCCCUCUCCCUCCGCCUCGUCCCCAUGGACGCCCUCCCCGUCGCCCGCUGCUCCGCCCUCACCUCCCUCACUCUCUGGAACCCCUCUCUCUCCGUCCUCUCCUCCCUCGCCUCCCCCUCCUCCUCCUCCGUCCCCCCCACCCUCAAGUCCCUCUAUAUCCACGCUGCUGAUCUCGACGGCUCCCUCCCCCUACUCUCCUCCUUCUCUUCCCUCUCCUCCCUCUCUUUGUUCGCCUGUGCUUUCAACCCGUACGAGCUGCUCACGCUGUCUCGCGCCCUGCACACUCUCACCCACCUCACCAUAGACGAAUGCCCCUUGGCCUGCAGCCAUGCAGUGGCGGCUAUGGGGCGAGCCAACCCCGCCCUCGCCUCCCUCUCCCUCAGCAGCAGAAGCUACCGCCUCUUCAGCGCUAGGGGGCUGUCAACGGUGCUCCAGCUGUCGUCCAGCAAGCUCCACACGCUGUCUCUCGCCGGGCUGCCGUCGUUCCGCCCCGGCGUGCUUGCACACUGCAGCAGCCUGCGGUCGCUGACUGUGAAGGGCGCCACGGGGUCGCUGGAAGGGCUGGUGGCCAUGCUGGAAAGAGCUGAUGAAGGCAGAGGAGAAGAGGGUGUAGCAGCAGCAGCAGCAGCAGCAGCAGCAGCAGCAGCAGCAGCAUCAACAUCAGCAGAAUGUGCAGCAGGGGAAAGCAGGACAGUGGGCCGGAGGGAGUAUCACGAUAUCCGCACAGAAGUGGCAGCCAGGAGCGCCGACACGAACGCGGCAUUCAAGGACGUGUUCCAUCUGCUCCGGGCAGCAAAGCAGUACCUGAGCACAGCGUACUCCGAAGCCCACCUGGUGCAGCAUGACGAGCACAGCGCGCAGGAGUCGAUCAGGAGGGUCAAGUGGGCGUUUGCAGCGUGCCAGGCUGUGAGCAUGGGCGUGCGAGACUACAGCACAGCCAAGGAGAGGGAGCGGACGGCCAUGCGAGCGUACGUUGCCGCCAUGGCAUCAGGCCAGUUCACUGUGGAAACCAGCGUGGCAGAGACAGUAGAUGAAGCUGCCGCUGGGGGGGAUCCAGGGGAUGUGCUGUCUUCGGGGGAUUACUCUGCUGCUGCUGGUGAGGCCGGGGCAGGAGGCACAGGAGGGGGAGGCCAGCUGGAAGAGGAGUCUGCCAGGCUAGCCUCGCAGUCCCGUGCAGGGCUGCUGGGGGUGCUGCACUCGCUGGUGGAGCGGCUGAGGGUGCAGUCCACCGCCAUGUUAGAUGGGCUCGAGUCCAUGCUUGCCCCGCAUGCUGCUGCCGCUGCCGCAGCAGCCACUGCUGCCGCCGCUGCUGCUGCUGCUACUGCUCAGGAAGGGCCGGAUGGGCCAUCUGCGGGAACACGAGCAGGGGGGCAGCAGGGGGGAGGGGCGCAAGCGGGGGGGACUGAAGGAGGGGGGACGGCAGUGGGGGGAACGCGAGCUGAGGAAGCAGACAGGGAGGGGGCACAAGAGGAGGGGCGGGCAGGGAGCAGACCCUGUAUGGCAGCUCGUGUGACAGCCAUCUGCCCUAGCCUGGACUCGUUGGUGCUAGAAAAGAUUCAGUUUGAUUCUAAUCCUGGGCCACCUGGGCUGCCCACUAGCCUCUUCUCCCCAUCUCCUCCCACGUCCCCUGCACCCGCAGCACCUACAGCCGCCUCAUCAUCCCUCUCGUUGUCCCUCACUUCCUCCCCGGCGUUUGCAAGCCGUACCCUUUGGCACCACUCGUUUGAGAGCAUUGCCUGGCCGGCUGUGUUUGGCAGGCUGAAGCGGCUGGCACUGGUGCAUUGCAGAGGGGUGGGGGAGGAGCAGCUGAAGGGGGUGCUGCAUGCAUGCCAGUGGCUGGUGGAGCUGAGGGUGGAGCACAGCGAGGCCAUGUCCGACGCCCUGCUGCUCGCAACCACUCUGGACAGGCUUACACACGCCACUCUCGUUUUAUGUCACCGAGUUACCGCUGCUGGCAUCACAGGCUCGCUGGGAAGUUUUCCGAGGCUACAGCAAUUGAAGGUGGAAACCUGGAAGGUCUCCGAUCGUGCUAGGCGAGAGUUGCUUCGUGCAGGUGUGGUGUUGAGGGGGGCAUUCUAGUUUGGCUCUUGUAAAUGUGUUCUCAUGUGUUCGUGCUAUCAGAAUGUAGUGUCUGGUAUAUUUUGACACCGGAACUAGUUAGAGCCAGGGCUGACUUUAUCAGACUAUUUACUCUGAUUA